AUGGGCGACAAGGCUCCCCUCGACUCGGAAAACCAGCAAACACCACUGGGCUUUGUAGAAAACGUUGAUUUCAUCGGAUUCGAUGACUCGGAUCAGGAAGCUGGCCCAGCCAACCAACAGGGCGCCUCAGCGAAAUCCAAGAAGGAUAAGAAAGCGCAGCCUCGGGGGACUAAGCGAAAGCUGGGCGCAGUCGUCACCGAGGAACAGGCCGAUGCCGUCCGCAAGAAAAAAGGACUGAUUAUCACGCCGUGGUUCGAUCGGCUAUUGUGGAAGGGCCGCAACGUGCAACAGAUGCUGACUGCCGAGAUCGGCUCGUUCGUCGCAUAUAUCCAACCUACUUACGAAGAGCAUGAGCUCAGACAGAUGAUCAUCCAAUUGAUCAGAGACACCGUCCAAUCGAGAUGGCCCGACGCCGAUGUCGAGCCCUUUGGAUCCUUUGGGACCAAACUCUAUCUUCCGGCUGGAGAUAUUGAUCUAGUCAUUAUUUCCACCCAAAUGAUGAACGAACAAAAAUCGCGGAUCUUAUACAAGUUGGCGCCAUUGAUCAGGGAGAACAAUAUCGGACAAGACGUGGUGGUGAUAGCCAAGGCGAAGGUGCCGAUCAUCAAGUUCAAGACGAUCUUUGGGAACAUCAAUGUAGAUAUCAGCAUCAACCAGACCAACGGGAUCAUCGCCAUGAAGAAGGUCAACGAGCUUCUAGACGAUGUCAAGUGCUUGAGCAUCGACUUCGCGUCGCGCUCUGCUCGCCACCGCCGGGACCUCGACGAGCCCUCCUCCUCAUCCCGGAAAGGAAGAAACGACUCCCGCCGUCAACCUCGCGCCUCCUCCCUAGAUCUCUCCGAAGACGAGAAGGCCGUCUCGCGCGUCGUCGAGGAAUUGGGCGCCGCUAAAUGCUUGAUCCUCGUCGUCAAGUCUGUCCUCAAACAGCGUGGGAUGAAUGAGGUGUAUACCGGCGGCUUGGGCUCUUACAGUAUCAUCUGCUUGGUCGUCUCCUUCUUACAGUUACAUCCCAAAAUCCAGAGAGGGGAUAUCGAUCCUAACAAGAACUUGGGUGUGCUCUUGUUAGAGUUCUUUGAGCUCUAUGGCAAACAUUUCAAUUUCGACCAAACCGGCAUCAGCGUUCGCAAAGGUGGUUUUUAUUUCAGUAAAGCACAUCGAGGCUGGCAACGAGAACGGCAGCCAUACUUACUCAGCAUCGAAGACCCAGCCGAUGAAAGUAAUGACAUCGCGGGUGGUUCACAUAACAUUCUCAGCGUUCGCACAGUGUUCGCUGGUGCUUUUGAUCUGCUUAGUGCCACACUCUACCACCGACAUUCAAUCCAGUCAUCACGAGACGCCGCGUUCGACGACUGCCCAUCCCGCCCACUCCUUUCGGUGCCUGUUCCCAAACAGCAACAACAACAAUCGACGGACGAUGAUCGGCCGGAGGGAUCGACAGACCCCAUGGCCGAAAGUCUCUUGGGGGAAAUCAUGGGCGUCACCAAAGAACUGGUCGAGAACCGGAAAAAAAACUUGAAACUUUUCCACAGUGGUACCUUACAGAGAUUAUUGAAGUUACCUCCCCCUCCACCUGCUGGAUCGGCCGAAUCAUCGUCGAGAAUGAAGACGAAUGAUGCUUCACGAACCGCAGGGGAUCGUAGUAAUCAGCAGCGCUCGUCACAAGCAGUCAAUGCCGAAUCCAGAAGUGACCGCCGGAGUCGAAGCUCUUCACCUGUGGCGCUUGAUCAACCAACACGUGAACGGCGGAAGGCGGAUGAUGUGAAGCGAGACGGGCGUGAUGCUCGAAGAGGAGACGAUCGUGACACCCGAAGACCAGCCGAUCGUGAUUCUCGACGACCAGCUGAUCGUGCUCCUCGCCGGCCAGACGAUCGUGAGACUCGACGACCAGACGAUCGCGAUCCACGCCGACGAGCGCAUGCCGGGCAGGAUUCCAACCGAGAAACGCCGAAGGUAGAUACUCCAGGGGCACAAUCACGUCGGCAGCUCGUCCGAUAUGACGACGGGGUCGUUGACUCUCCCUCGGUGAAAGUAGAUGAUCGUGAUUCUCGACGGGGUGAUCAGCGCUACCCUACCCGAGGAACGCGUGCUGACCCAAAUCCAAGCCGAGAAGCGCCAAGGGCAGAUCAUCCAGCCAGCCAAUCACGUCGGCAGCCCGGCCGAGCCGACGACAGGCCUGUCCCUUCCCCGCGGGAAGCCAAGAAAAAAGCCGACAAGAAGGGCAAACGCAAGGCGUCGGCCCGCAACUCGCCUCCACCGUUGUGGGUUGAAGAUGUUGAGCCGAGCGAGGUGGAGGUCCUGAAGCGAUUCCCAGCGCAGACUCCAAGCUCGACCAAACCCGGCGAAGAAGCUGCGGUCCUCCCAAGCGAUGAUCUCCAGUCACCGAUUCCGGCCCCUCGAGCCCGCCGGCCGUCUUCCACCCCCAGCAUCGAGAUCGCCGAGCCGGUCCGGAAGAAUGGUACCAAUGGCCUAGCCGACCAGGACCAUGAGCUGGUGGACUCCAAGUAUCGCGCCAUCUCCGCCCCCUCCCAGUCCCACAAACAAAUGGCUACCUCCCUCCGGGACAGGAUCACCUCGCCACCCCGCCCCUCCUCCUCCUCUUUGCUUUUGGACGAGCAGUCUCUUCUGGCCCAUCAUCAAGCUCGUGGUCUGGCUUAUUUCGUCGACGACGAUUCGGACUCUCAGUUCUCUGAGCCCGGCCAGAUAGGCACAUAA